CAUGGCAGCAUCACUUUCCACUUCGCAAACAAUUUCACUCACUCGCUUCAAAACCCCACCCCUAAAGGCCAAAACUACGACUCCCAUCAAUGGCGCUCUCCCCCUCAACCCACCCCGUACAAAUCCAUAAACUCCCCCAAUUCGCAUACAUCGACGCCCUCCGCUGGAUGCCCCAUUUAUCCACCUUCACCCGCCACAUUCUUCUCGCCACCUACGACUCCGAUAGCUCCACCCCUUCCCUCCAAACCCUCACUUUCUGCCCUUCCCGAGCUGCUCCUUCUCUCACCCCACAAGCUUCUGUCACCGCUCCUUCAAGAAUCACCUCUUUGAAAAUCUCCCCCUCGCCGUUAACUCCCUCCAAGCCCAUCGCUGCCGCUUCUGCCUUUUCCGGUUCACUUCUCUUCUAUUCAGCUGAUUUGGUGAAUGGGACUUUGAAUCUCGAGUUCUCGGUGCCUGAAAAGGGGUUUCAUUUGGGCCCCGUUUCGGGGAUUGAUUUGAAUGAGAAUGGAUCGGAGUGUGUGAGUGUUGGGGAGGAUGGGAGGGUCAACUUGGUCAGUAUUUCGGCCAAGACGGGUUUUAGGAGGGUUUUUGAUAGUAAUGGAUUGGUUUCGUAUAGUUCUGUUAGGUGGGCUUCGCCUGUGGAGUUUGUGACCGGUGCAUUCGGGUUUGGACUUCAUUGGUGGGAUCAGCGGAAGGCCGGCGGACCGGUGGCUUUGUUUAAGGACAAUUGGACAGGAGGAACUGCUUCUGGUAUUGUUCAUGCCAUUGAUAUACAUCCAUCACGAAAACACACUUGCCUUGCAGGAGGCUCUUCUGGUACACUGUUUGCAUGGGAUAUUCGUUUGCCAAAACAACCUAUUAUACUGUCUGGGGUUGGUGUUGGUGAUGCACCUGCAAAUUCACUCGUAGAAAGUGACAUAUGGGAGGUCCAGUACGACAACUAUACACAUUCUUCCAAGAUCAUUAACUCGUCAUCAUCUAGGAUUCUACCUGCUAUGAUUUGUUCAGAGGAUGGAAUACUUGGUGUGAUUGAGCAAGGUGAAGAACCAAUAGAGCUUUUGGCUGAACCUUGUGCAAUAAAUAGCUUCGACAUCGACAGACAAAACCCAUCGGACGUGAUCUGCAGUUUGGAGUGGGAAUCAAUUGCCAUCUUAACGAGGCCAUAAGCUUAACUGAUGGAGGUAGGCAUUGAGAUGGAGGAAGGAACAGCAUCCCUGCGGUCUUGCUCAAAUUCAGACUUAAAAUGUAACCAUACUGCAUUGCGACAUAGAACGCCAUUGUAAGUACGAAUCCGAGGAAACAUAAGUGGAAAUGAGGGAGUAACACCUAUCUUGAUCGGUAUGAUUAUCAUUAAGUUGCUUAGACACUGAACCUUCACAUUCUCCUAGCGGCAGGGACAACUUAGAUCAAUUGUUGGCUGUACAACUACUGUAGUUCUCUUAUAUUUGAGUUCCUCUGUCUAUUAUAAUCCUUACUGGACAUAUUUUUAUGGGCAAUAUCUAAUCUUUUUCAGUACAA